UUCCACUAGUUUUGUCCUCAUAGAUGUCCACUUCUGUAAGAUGUAGCUAGUCAGUGUCCAGAACCCGCGGCUCUCUAAAAUACAAUCAUGUCGGCGAAAGGAGGUGGAUCAAAAGGAUUUUAUUUCAAUACAGUGCUAUCUCUGGCACGGUCUUUGGCUGCUAAUCGACCAGCUCCGAUUGAAAAGGUUCAGAAACUGCAAUGCAUGUGCCCAGUGGAUGUUCGUGGGGUGUAUCAGCUGGACGAGAGGAGAAGGGAUGCGGUCAUCGCGCUGGGGGUGUUCCUGGUGGAGUCGGAACUACAGCACAAAGAGACAAUCGUUCCGUACCUCCUGGGUUUGCUGAGGGGACUACCAAGGGUGCAAUGGAUUGAAGAGAACUCUGAGAGGAAGGGAAGGGAUACCCUCCCAGGGGCAGAGAACUUCUGCUUCUGCCUGGUCACCCUGCUGUCAGAUGUGGCUCAACAGGAUGAGGCUCUGAGAUCACAGAUUUUAGAGGCAGUGAUGAACCUGAUGCAGGUGCUGCAGGAGGCGUGCCAGAACCCAGAGGCUCAGGAUAAAGAGAACCUGUGUAGGUACACCGUGCCGUCCCUGCUGGGUGUGGUGAGGGCGUUCGGUCGCUACAGCAACACGGACGAGCCGCUCCUGUCCAAGCUGUUCCCGCGGGUGUGCCCACAGCCGCUGCUCCUGGGCGAGGACCUAGAGGCGGCGCGCCGGCGCUCCUUCCACGACUUCCGCUCCAUUCUGCCCAGCUCGCUGCUGACCGCCUGCCAGAGCGACACCAUGCGCCGCAAGGCAAGCGGCAGCUCCAGCGUCUCACAGCAGGCCAGUCCAGAGCGCGGAGCGGCUCUGCCCCCCAGCUCCCCCGCUGACCCCUCGGCCCAGUACUUUGAAGGCUCCUACCUGCCUGACGGAGCUGUGGACCCAGACUACUACUUCUCCACCAUCAGCUCCAGCUUCUCCGUGUCGCCGCUCUUCACUGGCUCUGGGCGGGAGUUCAGCGUCCCUCUGGAGGUCCUCCGGAGACUGCUGGCCAUGGUGGAGCAGUUUGUGGCCGAGUCCUUCCUCAAGACACUGGACGCCACGCUCGCCAAGGUCUUGGAGAUGAAUCCAGGCAUUCAUCUGUACUACAAAACCUUCAGUGAUCCACUUUAUGUGGCCAUAUUUAAGAUGCUAAGGGACACGCUCUACUACAUGAAAGACCUGCCGACGGCGUUUGUGAAAGAGGUGCACGACUUUGUGCUGGAGCAGUUCAGCAGCAGCCAGUCGGAGCUGCAGCGCAUCCUCCACGACGUGGAGUACCUGCACAGCGAGCUCAGCCCGCUCAAGCUGCGCUGCCAGGCCAACGCCGCCUGCGUCGACCUCAUGGUGUGGGCCGUCACCGAGGAGCAAGGAGCUGAGAACCUGUGCACCAAGCUGUCGGAGAAACUGCAGUCCAAGACCUCCAGUAAAGUCAUCAUCGCUCACAUGCCCCUUCUCAUCUGCUGCCUACAGGGUCUGGGUCGCUUCUUCCCAGUGGUGGCCCACUCCGUCACCACUUCUCUUAGGGACUUCCUAGUGGUCCCCUCUCCAGUGCUGGUCAAGCUCUACAAGUACCACAGCCAGUACACUACAGGGACUGGAGAGAUCAAAAUCCAUGUCACCAAUGAACAUGCCCAGUCCACGUUCAACGUCCACCACAAGCAGAAGAGUCAGCCGUCCAUGUACGAGCAGCUCAGAGAUAUCUCCAUUGACAACAUCUGCAGAUCUCUUAAGUCCGGUUUGACCAUGGACUCUGUGAUUGUGGAGGCUUUCCUGGCAAGCUUGUCCAAUCGCCUCUACAUCUCCCAGGAGAACGACAAGGACGCUCAUCUGAUCCCGGACCACACCAUCCGUGCGCUGGGCCACAUCGCAGUGGCUCUGCGGGAGUCUCCACGGGUGAUGGAGCCCAUCCUGCAGAUCCUGCAGCAGAAGUUCUGCCAGCCGCCCUCCCAGCUGGACGUGCUCAUCAUAGACCAGCUGGGCUGCAUGGUCAUCACCGGAAAUCAAUAUAUCUACCAGGAGGUGUGGAACCUGUUCCAGCAGAUUAGUGUGAAGGCCAGCUCACUGGUCUACUCCACCAAGGACUACAAGGACCACGGAUACAGGCACUGCUCCCUGGCGGUGAUUAACGCGCUGGCCAACAUCGCGGCCAACCUGCAGAGCGAGACGAUGGUGGACGAGCUGCUGGUCAACCUGCUGGAGCUGUUUGUGCAGCUGGGCCUGGAGGGCAAGAGGGCCAGCGAGCGCUCCAGCGAGAAGGGGCCCGCACUCAAGGCAUCCAGUAGUGCUGGAAACCUUGGCGUGCUUAUUCCUGUCAUCGCUGUGCUGACCAAACGUUUGCCCGCGAUCAAAGAGGCCAAGCCGCGACUGCAGAAGCUCUUCAGAGAUUUCUGGCUCUACUCCGUGGUCAUGGGCUUUGCUGUGGAGGGUUCUGGGCUGUGGCCAGAGGAAUGGUAUGAGGGUGUGUGUGAGAUCGCCACCAAGUCUCCACUCCUCACCUUCCCCAGUGGCGAGCCCCUUCGCUCUGAGCUGCAGUACAACUCCGCCCUUAAGAACGACACCGUCACCCCGGCUGAGCUGAACGACCUGAGGAGCACCAUCAUCAACCUGCUGGACCCUGUGGCUGAGUCGGCCACCCUAAUCAACAAGCUUGACUUUGCCAUGUCCACCUACCUGCUGUCGGUGUAUCGGCUGGAGCACAUGAGGGUGCUUCGCUCCCAAGACUCGGACCGCUUCCAGGUCAUGUUCCGAUACUUUGAAGACCGAGCCAUCCAGAAAGACAAAUCAGGGAUGAUGCAGUGUGUCAUCUCCGUGGGCGAUAAAGUCUUUGAGCUCUUUCUUCUGAUGAUGGCUGAGAAGUCCAAGACGAAGUCUCACGAGGAGGAGCUGGAGCGUCAUGCCCAGUUCCUGCUGGUCAACUUCAACCACAUACACAAGCGCAUCCGCAGAGUGGCUGACAAGUACCUGUCUGGACUGGCUGAGACCUUCCCUCACCUGCUGUGGAGCGGCCGUGUGCUGAAGACCAUGCUGGACAUCCUGCAGACGCUCUCUCUGUCCCUCAGUGCUGACAUCCACAAAGACCAGCCGUACUACGACAUCCCAGACACACCCUACCGCAUCACUGUACCAGACACUUACGAAGCCAGAGAGAGUAUUGUGAAGGACUUUGCUGCUCGCUGUGGGGAGAUUUUGAAGGAGGCCAUGAAAUGGGCCCCAUCCGUCACCAAGUCCCACCUGCAGGAGUACCUGAACAAGCACCAGAACUGGGUGUCGGGUCUGUCCCAGCACACAGGCCUGGCCAUGGCCACCGAGAGCAUUCUUCACUUCGCCGGAUACAACCGCCAGAGCACCACGCUCGGGAUGACCCAGCUGACUGAGAGGCCAGCCUGUGUGAAGAAAGACUACUCCAACUUCAUGGCCUCGCUCAACCUCAGGAACCGUUACGCUGGAGAGGUUGCUGGGAUGAUCAACUUUGCCGAGGCGACCCACAGCACGUCAGACCUGAACCGGCUGAUGAUGGGGCAGCUGAACGCCGCACUGGAGAGUGGCCAGCCUGAGACCUUCACCGAGGCCAUGUUCAAACUGGCCGCUCUUCUCAUCAGCUCCAAAGAGUGCGACCCUCAGCUGCUCCACCAUCUGUGCUGGUCUCCGCUGAAGAUGUUCACUGAGCACGGCAUGGAGACGGCCAUCGCCUGCUGGGACUGGCUACUGGCUGCCCACGCUGGAGUCGAGGUCCCGUUCAUGCGUGAGAUGGCCGGGGCGUGGCAGAUGACUGUGGAGCUGAAGAUGGGGCUCUUCUCGGACGCCCAGGUGGAGGCCGACCCGCUGGCCGCCUCCGAGGAGAGUCAGCCCGUGCCGUGCCCCCCCAACAACCCGCACCACAUCUGGAUUGAGUUCCUGGUCCAGAGGUUUGAGAUUGCAAAGUACUGCAGUGUGGACCAGGUGGAGAUUUUCGGCAGUCUGCUCCAGCGCUCGCUUGCGCUCAGCGUAGGUGGACCCAAGAGCAGCCUCAACCGGCACGUGGCCGCCAUUGGACCGCGCUUCAGGCUGCUGUCUCUGGGUCUAGCUCUGCUGCACUCGGACAUGGUCACCAACGCUACCAUCCGGAACGUUCUGCGUGAAAAGAUCUACUCCACAGCUUUUGACUACUUCAGCGUCGCUCCUAAGUUCCCCACACAAGGGGACAAACGCCUGAGGGAGGACAUCAGCAUUAUGAUCAAGUUCUAUGCCAGCAUUCUGUCGGACAAGAAGUACCUGGCGGCCUGCCAGCUGGUGCCACCUGACCAACAGGACCCAUCUCUGAACAGCCUGUCGGUGAUGAACGCGACUGACCCGCGGAGCAUGGACGGGGGCACCCGGCAGCAGACCGGCCAGGGCUGGAUCAACACCUACCCUCUCUCCAGUGGCAUGUCCACCGCCUCCAAGAAGUCAGGCAUGUCAAAGAAGAGCAACCGAGGAACUCAGCUCCACAAGUACUACAUGAGACGCAGGACUCUGCUGCUGGCACUACUGGCCAGCGAGAUCGAGCGUCUGACCACCUGGUACAACCCACUGUCCACCCAGGAGCUGGCCAUCUCAGUGGAACAGUCGGUGGAGACCAGCAUUGCCAACUGGAGGUCCAAGUACAUCAGCCUGAGCGAAAAGCAGUGGAAGGACAACGUCAACCUGGCGUGGAACAUCGCCCCUUACCUGGCCAUGCAGCUGCCCGCCAGGUUUAAGAAUGCAGAGGCCAUCGUUGCCGAGGUGACGCGCCUUGUCCGACUGGACCCAGGAGCAGUCAGCGAUGUCCCAGAAGCGGUCAAGUUCCUGGUCACAUGGCACACCAUAGACGCUGACUCCCCGGAGCUAAGUCACAUCCUGUGCUGGGCCCCGGCCGAUCCCCCCACCGGCCUGUCCUACUUCUCCAGCCUGUACCCUCCCCACCCACUCACCGCCCAGUACGGGGUCAAAGUGCUGCGAUCCUUCCCUCCUGAUGCCAUUCUCUUCUACAUUCCUCAAAUAGUCCAGGCUCUACGCUACGAUAAGAUGGGCUACGUGCGUGAGUACAUCCUGUGGGCGGCACAGAAGUCCCAGCUGCUGGCCCACCAGUUCAUCUGGAACAUGAAGACCAACAUCUUCAUGGACGAGGAGGCACACCAGAAGGACCCGGACAUCGGGGAGCUGCUGGAGCAGAUGAUGGAGGAGAUCAUCGGGGGUCUGUCUGGGCCGGCCAAAGAUUUCUACCAGCGCGAGUUUGACUUCUUCAACAAGAUCACCAACGUCUCCGCCAUUAUUAAACCUGUUCCUAAGGGAGAGGAGAGGAAGAGAGCCUGUCUGAAAGCCCUGUCUGACAUCAAAGUCCAGCCUGGCUGCUAUUUGCCCAGCAACCCUGAGGCCAUUGUUUUGGACAUUGACUACAAGUCUGGCACCCCUAUGCAGAGUGCCGCCAAGGCUCCUUAUCUGGCCAAGUUUAAGGUCAAGCGCUGUGGGGUCAGCGAGUUGGAGAAGGAAGGUCUGCGCUGUCCCUCUGACUCUCUGGAGGAUGGCGAUGAGAACUCGGAGGCUGCCCGGAGGGUGUGCUGGCAGGCGGCCAUCUUUAAAGUGGGCGACGACUGCAGACAGGACAUGCUGGCGCUGCAGAUCAUUGGCCUGUUCAAGAACAUCUUCCAGCUGGUCGGACUGGAUCUGUUUGUGUUUCCAUACCGAGUGGUAGCCACGGCCCCAGGGUGUGGGGUCAUUGAGUGCAUCCCUGACUGCAAGUCACGUGACCAGCUGGGCCGACAGACGGACUUUGGCAUGUAUGAUUAUUUCAGAAAUCAGUAUGGGGACGAGUCUACACUGGCCUUCCAGAAGGCCCGUUAUAACUUCAUCCGCAGCAUGGCUGCCUACAGUCUUUUUUCCUGCUUCCAGAUCAAGGGCCCGACCUUUUUAGCAACAUCAUGCUGGACAGCAAAGGGACACCUCAUCCACAUCCCGCAAGGGCACCUGUCCAUCAGUGCACCACACAGCCAUAGAUUUAGCAAGGGACACCUCAUCCACAUCGACUUUGGCUUCAUGUUUGAGAGCUCCCCCGGUGGCAACCUUGGCUGGGAACCCGACAUCAAGCUGACAGACGAGAUGGUGAUGAUCAUGGGUGGCAAGAUGGAGGCCACCCCCUUCAAGUGGUUCAUGGAGAUGUGCGUGCGAGGAUACCUGGCUGUCAGGCCCUACAUGGAUGCUGUGGUGUCCCUGGUCACUCUAAUGCUGGACACAGGGCUGCCGUGCUUCAGGGGACAGACCAUCAAGCUCCUCAAGCAGCGGUUCAACCCAGCCAUGAGUGAGAAAGAAGCUGCGGCCUUCAUGAUCAAAGUCAUCCAGAGCUGCUUCCUCAGUAGCAGGAGCAAAACCUACGACAUGCUUCAGUACUACCAAAACCAGAUCCCCUACUGAGCGUCAGCCAGGAGGACUGUCAUCUUUAUCUACACGUCUCCAAGUCUCUCUCUCUCUACACGCGCGUGUGUGCGUGUGUCGCGUGCGUGUGUGUGUGUGUGUGUGUGUGUGUGAAAUCAGGGGUCUACAAGCAAUGACACAAAAAAUGCACUUUACAAACCUUUAGAUAUUUCACAGACCCCUGACUUUGCCAGUCAAUCCAUUGCUGUGUUCAUGAACGUAGUCAAUCAUCGAUAGUCAGUUUGAACUCUCGGCUACUGUACUUAGCAUCACCAUUUUGAAUCAUUUCAGCUCUGGGCUACUGUAAUCAGCAUGUACUGUACAUCUAAAUGGUGUUGACUUUUGAUUUUGUGGCUCUCUUUUAACCCUGUAGUUAAUGUGGUGCACGUCCAUAUUUGGAACAUUCCAUUCAGUGUGUGUGUGAAGCAGUCUUGACCUUUAACUUGAACCUUCAGGAUUGGUUGUCACUGACCGUAUGUACUGGAGAGGACAGAUAGUCUGGCCCGUCCACCAAUCACUGGUGAGAGAUGAACGAUGUGCUGCAAAACCAAGACCAAUACCCUCACCCCUUAGGCUUCGACCAUCUGUCUCUCCGAGCACGGCCGGUCAGUGAAGACCCUCAGGGUUUGGUCAGCUAGCAUAGCCCAAUAAGCUAUACCACCGACUGUACCAACCUAUUUGCCCUGCAGGCCCUGGGGCCGUUAUGCAACCUGUGCACGUCUUAAUCACCAUCGUGUGUUUGACUGAACAGUUUUAGAGAGGUUCUUGUGUUUUACCUUGUGAGUGCAGAGACUUUGUCAUAUCCACACCAUGUGUCAGGAGAUAGCCCUUAACUGACAGCUGUAUUACUUUUAGAUGUAUUAUAAUUCUGGGGAAAUGGAUGUUUACUUGUAGACUAUCAACUAAGGUCAUGUAUUUGGGAUUAAGUCUUAGAGUAGGACCCAUCCCACUCCCUGGUUCUGUAUAUAAAUAGGUUUUAAUGUGGUUUUAACCAGAGGAAGCAAGAAGAGGACAUAAGAGAGAAAAUGUUGGUUACUGUUAAAAAUUUCUGAAAAUUUGCUGAGGCUGUAUUGAGAUUGAGUCUUAUUUGAGUUAGUAAAUGUGAUAUUUCAUACUAUAGACAUAUAAAUAUAUAUAUAGAUAUUAUUUUUCACAUUUCACCUUUUACAUGGAGGAGUCAUAGCCGUUUUGUUGACCCCUCCCACUCACUCCGUCCUUUUAUCUGUACGGCCGUCCAGCAGUGGACACCAGAAGGGUGCCGAUCCCCCACACCCCCCACACACACGCACGCUGCUUUCCGGCCUUCUGCCGGCCUUUGGCCCUGGUAGUGUGCUGACCGCAGCCAUAAAGCAGAGGGGGCAGGAGAGGAGAGGAGAGGGGAGGGGAAGGGGCCCGGUUAGGUGGGGGUAGGGAGGAGACUGACACUCCUGUAUGACUGGCCUCUGGCAGAGCUCGAGAUGUGGACCGAGACCCACCCCUCCCCCGUCCACACCACACCACACCACACACACAUCCUCUGCCAGCAGGUCAUGUGGGAUUCAGGGGCUUUAUUAUGUGAACUUUGUUCAUUGGUAAUCAUGGGUCAUGUGUGUCUGUUUGUGUAUGGAUGUGUGUGUGUGUGUGUGUGAAUGAGUGAGUGGUUGAACGUAUGACAUAACGUCCCAGCUCCAGUUGAAAUAAGAUCAUUUGAAAUGUACAUGUUUGAUCAAAUUCUAAAUAUAAACGACAGUAUAUGGAAA